GCCUUUUUAACACACCAGAGGUGGUGCAUACAGGCUGGGGAGAUAAAGUGAUCACUGAUCCUUCACUGCGAGUGCCGGUCAACGAGGCGACAACAGCCAACUGCCUCUCUUUUGCCCUCCUUGGGACCCUGCAGUCUCUCUCGAUUCUCUAGCUCUUUCUCAUUCUCUGCCUGCCCAUCUUCAUUCCCUCAACCAUGGCUCCGACGCUGGCCACGGCAUUUGCCCGCCGCUGGUGGAUGGCGGUGACUGCCAUCAUUGAGAAUCUCCUCUUUUCUGCUGUGCUCCUGGGAUGGGGUUCGCUUCUCAUUAUGCUCAAGUCAGAAGGCUUCUACUCGUAUCUUUGCAGCGGUGAAGGUAACAGCUCCAACCACAAUAUGUCCCUGGGGAUGACACAAGCAUCGGAUGAAUACAUUUACAACUAUGAAGACGAUGAUGGUGCCGUGGUAGCUCUGGGGGACGGGGUGGAGAUGAAGCCCCUGGUCCCGCUGGACGGGCUUCUGAGGAUGAACGGCUGGCUAAUCUGUAAAGAGCAGGAUGAGAUGUUGAAUCUGGCCUUCACUGUGGGCUCCUUCCUCCUCUCUGCUAUCACGCUGCCGCUGGGUAUCGUCAUGGACAAAUAUGGGCCUCGUAAAUUGCGACUGUUGGGCAGCACAUGCUUUGGCUUGUCUUGUCUGCUAAUUGCUUAUGGAGCCUACCAACCAAACGAACUCUCAGUGCUUAUCUUUAUCGCGCUGACUUUCAACGGCUUUGGUGGCAUGUGCAUGACCUUCACCUCCCUCACGUUGCCAAACAUGUUCGGGGACCUGCGUUCAACCUUCAUCGCCCUGAUGAUUGGCUCCUAUGCCUCCUCUGCUGUCACCUUCCCUGGCGUCAAGGUGAUCUAUGACUUCGGCAUACCAUUCAUUACUAUUCUGGUAGUGUGGGCAGCCUGUGCUGGAUUGGUCUUCCUGAACUGCUUCUUCAACUGGCCCCUGGAACCUUUCCCAGGACCAGAGGACAUGGACUACACUGUCAAGAUCAAGUUCAGCUGGCUGGGCUUUGACCACAAAAUCACCGGCAAACAAUUUUACCGCCAAGUGACCACAGUGGGUCGUCGUCUCAGUGUGGGCAAUAGCCUGGUGCAGAAAGAUCUGCCUACCAAGGAGGGCAAGCUCUGCCUGUCCACCAUGGACCUGGAGUUGGAUGAGAAGCCCAAAGAAGAGUCUCAGUCAUUCCUGAAAACUAUCACCACCCCCAUCUUCCUGCUCAGCCUGGUGACCAUGUCGGUCACUCAACUACGUCUCUUGUUCUACAUGGGGGCCAUGAACAGCGUCCUCGAGGUGCUCAGCGAUGGUGAUCUCAACACAGUGAGUUUGUACUCGUCCAUCUUCGGCGUGCUUCAGCUGCUUUGCCUCAUGACCACUCCUGUGAUUGGUCAGAUUAUGGACUGGAAGUUGAAGGACUGUGAUGACGGAGAGGAAUCAAAGAAUGCGUCUAGCAAGGAUGAACCAAAGAAAAAGCGAAGAGACAGAAAGACUCAGAAGGUGACCAACGCCCUGCGAGCAUUUAUGCUAACGAAUUUCCUUUUGGUGGGCUUCGGUAUCACUUGCCUGAUACCCAACCUCCCCCUCCAGAUCGUGUCAUUCAUCUUGCACACUGUCGUGAGAGGAUUCAUUCACUCGGCCGUUGGUGGUCUGUACGCUGCUGUGUACCCCUCCUCGCAGUUUGGCAGUCUGACAGGCAUGCAGUCGCUAGUCAGUGCUGUCUUUGCUCUGCUGCAGCAGCCCCUCUUUUUGGCAAUGAUGGGACCCCUGGCGGGAGACCCAUUCUGGGUCAACAUCGGCCUGCUCGGCCUCAGCAUGCUGGGCUUCCUGCUGCCUCUCUACCUGAUUUGCUACAGACAGAUGCUCCACAAAGAGAGGCACAAGAAGGAGAACAACGCCAAGAUCUACAUCAAAAUCAAUGGCUCGGACAUUCCGGAGGCCUUUGUUUAAUUGCACAGAAAAGUGGAAACAUGAUGGAAGAAUGAUGAGAGACUGCGCAUCUUGAGCUGUGCCACGCAGACACGUUCAAACUGACAAUUUCUGUUUUGUGAUACCAUUCUUAUAGCAAGCUAACACCACCACGCUCUUAUUUAAACUCUGUUGCUGUGGAAGUCUACCACCCAACUGUGAAAAGGCUAAACGAAGCGGAAGAGGAAAGACUGUGAAAGGAAAGAGGCAUCAGCACUCUGCAUUCCCCCAUUCCUCAACUUUAUUUUGGUCACUCUCUCACACAAUUCCACAUUAUAACAGCUUUUGUCCUAUGAAACUGUUCACAUAAUUUAAUGCUCAAAUUCUCUUUAGCAACCAUAGUGAGUGAUUAUGCGGGAGGAGAAGGGCCACAAAAUGUACUGUGAGAAAGUUGUAAUGUUACGAGAAAAUAAAUUCAGUUAUGGUAUAUUAC